AUGCCCACCACGCCCACACCACACGGAGACUGCGAGAUCUCCGACCUCGCGGGACAAAUCGCACACCUGAGCCAAGUGUUCGCCCACUGCACUCUCGAACCGCAACACGAAGGGACUGGGCGGACCCUCAACGAGACCACCAAUGACCCACCCUCCAUCCGCCAGGCACUGAUCGUCGCAUUGAAUGAGUUGCUCGUCAAGGUCCAAGGUCCCACUCGGGCUUUGAUCGACAUGACGAACACGAGUCGGGUGCGACUCGCCGCCAUGCGCGUUGUCACACAGUUCGACCUCGCCGCGUCGGUCCCGGAGACCGGGGCGAUAUCCGUGCGCCAGUUGGCAUCCAUCGCGGCGGUGGACCCGUUCAUGUUAGAGCGAGUGCUUCGUUUCGCCUUCAGUCAAGGCAUCUUCCAGGAAGAGACGCCGGGAUCGGGCGAGGUAUCGCACACCGAGCUUUCGAGGGCUAUCCCCGUCCUGGCCCCGUGGAUUCGGUGGGUGCUGUCCCCGAUCACCGUCUUACCAGACCUGUCCCUCCCGGAUGCGCUGGAGUCGAGCCUAUCACCGGGCGGUGGACCAUCGGCGGCACAUCUAGCAUUUCAGCGCGGCUUUUGGGACGAACUCAGAUCCCGACCGCCGUCCGAGGUGGCAGCCUUCCAGGCUGGACUGAGAUCCCUGUCGCACGCCCAAACGCUCUGCCGCGAGGGUGGCGUGGAGGAUGAUGUCUUCCGCUGGGAGGCCCUGGAAAAUACUUUGGUCAUCGACGUCGGCGGAGGCGACGGUCAAUCCGCGAUCGAAGGCGCGAAGAGGAACCCGGCCGUCCACUUCCUCGUUCAAGACCUCGAGGAAAAUCACGCCAAAUUUCUCCAAAUCGUCCCCCAAGAUCUCUCGGAGAGGGUCACCUUCCGGGUUCACGAUUUCUUCGACCCACAACCCCCGGCCGGGCCCCUCCCCGUGACCGUGUUCAUGAAGUGGGUGCUUCAUAACUGGUCGCACCGCCAAUGCGUCCAGAUCCUCACGAACGUGCUGCCGCUCUUGACGCGGACGGGAAGCCGGCUGCUGAUCGCCGACUACCUGCUCUCGGACGGGGCGCACAUCCGGGCCAUCGACGUGACGAUGAUGACAUUGUUCGGUUCGGGGGAGAGAACCCUGGGCGACAUCGAGACGAUGCUCGGCGACGUGGACAAAGGCUCCAGAUCGCCAAGGUGUGGAAUACGGACGAAUGGGACGUGA